AUCAACUCCACUUUUCAACUCCUUGGAGAUUGACUAGUCACGAUGCGGUUCUCCACGGUUCUCCCAAUCUUUGCUGCCUCUGCCCUCGCGCAGUAUAGCUCUGCGCCGCCAGACAACUCAUCUUGGAGUGCCGGUCCUGACAAGGACGGCAAGUACGAGAUCUCGUCCGAGGGCAUUCGCGGUCACUUCAUUCCUUACGGCGCGUCCAUUUCCAACCUGUUUAUUGCAGACAAGAAUGGCGUUGAGCGCGACGUCGUGCUUGGCUUUGACAAUGCCACGGCCUACGAGGGCAAGGUCCACCCCCAUUUCGGCGGUGUACCUGGCCGCUACGCCAACCGCAUCAAGAACUCGACCUUCACCAUUGACGGCCAGGAUUACCACAUUACGCCAAACGAGAACAACGGCGCCGACACCCUGCACGGUGGUCUGGAUGGAUGGGACUGGCGCAACUUUACUGUUGUUGCCCACACCCAGGACUCGAUUACCUUUUCCAUUGUCGAUCCCGAUGGCAAGGAGGGUUUCCCCGGUGAGGUCAUUAGCUACGUGACCUACACCAUGACUCCCCACACCUGGAACAUCAAGAUUAUUGCUCUUGCAACGACCAAGAAGACGCCUAUUAUGCUGACUUCCCACGUUUACUGGAACUUGGACGGUUUCGGCAACCCCGAUGAUGACACCAUUCUGAACCACACGCUCCACCUUCCCUACUCUGGCCAGCGUAUUGGUGUUGACAACAUCCUCAUUCCCAAUGGCACUAUUCUCCCCAACAAGCAGUACUCGGUCAACGACUUCUGGUCCGCCCCCAAGAAGAUUGGCGCCAACCAGACUGCGCCCGAGCUUCUUGGCGAGUGCGGUUACAACUGCACUGGUUAUGACACGUGCUACCUGGUCGACCGCAGCGACGCCGCCACGCUCGACUGGCGCAACUCUGGUCCUGUUGCUACCUUGGCCAGCGAGUGGUCCGGCAUCCAGCUGGACGUCUACUCCGACCAGGUCGCUUACCAGAUGUACAGCUGCCCUGGACAAGACGGUACAAUCCCCAUCAAGUCUACCCAGGGUGCCAAGGGCGGCAACCAGAAGGUGCCCAAAUACGGCUGCGUCGUCAUGGAGGUCCAGGACUGGAUCGACGCCAUCAACCAGCCCGAAUGGAUGCGCGCCGAGAAGCAGAUCUACAGCCCUGCAGGCCCUGCAUUCACUCUCUACGCCGAGUAUGUCUUCUCCACGAACAAGUAGCUCGGGAGGAAAAGCGCUGGAUAAAAAGAGAAACGAUACCACAAGUGAUAGUAUAAUGCGCGCUUUACUAGACGC